UUGGUUUUUGAUAGCUACAAAUUAACGUAAAAAAAUCUGACCUAUCAAUGAUUGUUGUGGAUUUGACUUACGUGGAUUGUUUUACUGUGUUUAUUUUUACACCAUAAUAGUAACAAAAUUAUGACUCUUCAGAUCGAUAGAAAGAACAGUUUAGAUCAACCACCUAAAUUCGGAUUGAAAUUGCGGUUGGAUCAUGAAUUUCCGUUGCAGAGCAAACAAGGCCAUGGGAUACGUCCUUCGCAACUCUUUGAUGUGAUGCCUUUGACAGCGAGAUAUUUCAAAUACUGUGUUGGUAUGAAGCUAAAUAACAGACGUCCAAUUAUGGAUUUUUUGCAUAGAGUUUCAGCGCAGAGAAUGUACGGAUGUCCUAUUGGGGGUAUAGGCGGAGGUACUAUUGGAAGAGGUUUUAAGGGCGAGUUCUGCCGUUUUCAGUUACAGCCUGGUCUAUACGAGUAUGUUACAGUACCGGAAUGUCAGUUUAUUGUGAACAUUAAAAAUGAUAAACACGAAACUAUAUACCAAACGGUUCUGUCUACUUACAGUAAGCCCAAGAAUGCCCCUGUAUCGUGGGAAUGGAACCUAAAUGGCGCCGAUUGUGAAUACACGGCUCUAUAUCCGAGAGCUUGGACAACAUACGAUUUAUCAAAAUACGGAAUUAAACUCGUUUGUCGACAAAUAUCUCCGGUCAUACCUCAUAAUUACGAAGAUAGCAGUCUACCGUGUGCGGUGUUCGCGUUCAGCGCACUGAAUGUAAGCAAUGAACAUAGAAACGUCAGUGUCACACUCACCUGGACUGAAGUACUGAACAAAAGUAAAAACGCAGAGGUCGGGAGCUACACCCAAACUAAAAGCUGCGGUGUAUACCUUAGACAAAAAAUCAGAGAGAGUCCAUGUACUUUUACAAUAAGUAAAAGUAAUAUUGAAAGCCAGAGCCUCACUGAAGAUUACACUUUCUGGAACUCUGCGAAAACAUCACACUACGUUUGGGAAUGUAUUCAGAAACAUGGAAAAUUAUCACCCGAUCCUAGAACUGUUCCGACGCCAAGAUGUAGUUCUGAGAAAGAAAAUAAGCAAAAACAAAAUAAAGUCAUUUACUGCGAUUCAAUAGCGCUUUCUAGUGUUUUAUCUCUGGAACCGCAAAGUACGGGCUCAACCGAACUAAGUCUCGUUUGGGAUAUGCCCACGAUAAAAUACAGAAAGGACGAAAAGAAACAUAAGAGGUUUUACACAAAAUUUUACAGCAGCGAUGGAAACGCUGGUUCGAACAUAGCUACUUAUGCUCUGAAUAAUUUUACGAAUUGGGAGACGCAGUUGAAUGUUUGGCAAGAUUCGAUUUUGAAUAAUGGGAGUAUACCUGAUUGGUUGAAAAGUGCGUUAUUCAACGAACUCUAUUACGUAGCAGACGGAGGUACGAUAUGGCUGGACGUUCAUGACGAGUAUCCGGAUACAGACCCUAGGAAAGAGUUCGGUCUGUUCGGUUAUUUAGAAGGCCACGAAUAUAGAAUGUACAAUUCAUAUGACGUCCAUUUUUACGCAUCUUUUGCUUUGGCACAGCUGUGGCCUAAUUUACAGGUCGUGAUACAGUAUAUGUUUCGUGACACUGUUGCAAUGGAGACCGAGAAAAGCAGAAAAUCGCUUUAUGAUGGAAAAAUAGUGAAAUAUAAAACAAAAGAUUCAAUACCUCAUGAUUUAGGUGAUCCAGGCGAUAUGCCCUUUUUUCACAUCAAUGCUUACAAUAUUCACGACGUGAGUGAUUGGAAAGAUCUCAACUUUAAAUUCAUCCUUCAGGUGAUACGCGACUACCAUUUGAUGACUUUCAUGGACACGAGUGAAGAGAAAACCGGAUCAUCUGCCGCUGUGUGGCCGAGCAAACGUUAUCUCGCCGACAUGUACCCCGCCUGCGUCACUCUGCUGCGCCGCGCCGCCGCCUGGGACCGCGACGGCGACGGACUCAUCGAGAACGACGGCACUCCCGACCAGACCUACGACAUAUGGGUGAUGACGGGACCCAGCGCGUAUUGCGGCGGACUUUGGGUGGCGUCUGUGAAGGCGGUGCACACGAUGGCGAAUAUCCUCGGUCACGAGGACGACGAGCGAGAAUUUGGUGAAUGGCUGCAGAGAGCGCAGCGUGCCUACCAAGACAAGCUCUGGGCGGGUACACACUACCGCUUCGACACCAAGCCUUGUAACGAGAAUGUAAUCAUGGCGGAUCAGUUGGCGGGUCACUGGUUCCUUCGUGCUUCAGGACUGAAUGAGUCCGUAUUUCCAGAAGAGAAUGUACAAAAAGCACUGAAAACGAUCUAUGAGAAUAAUGUGUUGCAUUUCAAGAAUGGGACCAUGGGAGCUGUCAACGGCUUUGUAAGAGAAGGCAAAGGUCAUAUUGAAACGCGAACUAUGCACAGCGAAGAAAUAUGGGUCGGCACGACGUACGGUGUCUCUGCGCUAAUGAUUUUUGAAGGUAUGCAUAAGGAGGCGUUCGCGACGGCGGGUGGUCUGUACCACACUCUGACGCAGAUGGGUCUGUCGUUCGAGACCCCGGAGGCGCUGUACGAGAACGGCAACCACCGCUCCAUCGCGUACAUGCGCCCGCUGGCGGUCUGGGCGCUGCACCAGGCGCUGCUGGCGCGUCCCGUUCCGUAAUCGCUGCCGAGGAAACCUAUAUUCAUAUUAUUUCUUUCUUCGUUUGUGUGGAUAUUGACAUUUCGAAAAAAAAACCACAUUGUUUUAUUGUUAAUACUGAAGUUCAUAAGCAAUUAAUAAAAAAAAUAUUAAAGAA